AUGAGCGAUAGCGCCGCAGAAUGCACUGAAACUUUAGAUCCUCGAGUACAGAUCGAAUUAGAACGCUUGAACACAGCAACAGAUGAGAUAAACAGAUUAGAGGUAGAGUUAGAUGAGGCUCGACUUGCUUUCCGUCGGCUUCUGGCUGAAGGACACCUUCGGAUACAGCAACUUACAAAGAAACUUGGAACAAGUGUACAUAAAGCAAGACCAUACUAUGAAGCAAGAUUUAGAGCUAAUAUUACAUCACAAGAACUCCAAGCAGCAAAUCUCACAUAUGACAAAGCAAACAGUGCUCAUGCAGCAGCUCGUGAGAUGGUCUACUUGGCGGAGCAGGGUCUUGCCAGGCUGGCUGAUGGGUCAGGCGGUCUCACCCUGGACCCGGCUUGGCAAGAGAUGCUUAACCAUGCUACUCACAGGGUCAACCAGGCGGAGGCGGACCGUGCAUCAGCGACGGUGACACAACGCAGCAAGGCGGCGGCACACCGAGCUGCCUCCACUCUAGUCCAACAGCUACAAAACGGUCUGAAACGACAUAUAGCUAAGUCUAGACCAUAUUUUGAAGAGAAAGCUCGUAUCAACGCGGCCUUAGAGGUCCAGAAGGCAAGAAUCCAAACCCUGGAAGAGCAGGUGGCUGAAGCCAAGCAGAAGUACUCCUCGGCUUUAAGGAACCUGGAGAGGAUAUCUGAUGAGAUACACCGUCAUAGGUCAAGACGACAGUCCGCUAGAAAUGACAUGGACCAGUCAACAACAGACACAGCAAGCGAGUCCAACGCGAGUGAAACUCUAGAAGAGCUGUGCGCUCGCAGUAGUGACGACAACGUGCGCGAGUGGCUGCGCCGCGUGGACCGCAGCGACGUGGACACGUGGACCGAGAUAGACCUGGACUACUCUAGCCCGGAGGAGAUAAGCUUCGAGAAGUGCUCUCUGCGGCCGCGCUCAACGCCGGAGAAGUCGUCGCCUCCCAGUCCGCUGGAGUCCAAGGUGUCUGCAGCAUCCCCCAGACGCAUCAUCAGAUCAGGGGACCGGAGUGCAGCCAUCAGGGCUGAAUUGGAACGUGGCAGGAGACAGAGCCUGGAUGCUCUACUGCAUGAUACGGGGGAGAAGGUUAAGGAGAUGUUCCAGGGGCUGUCCCUGUUCGGGGAGCGCCGCGGCUCGGGCUCCGCCCCGCGCACGCCGCGCCGCUCGCCUGCGCCCGACGCCGCCUCCUCCGCCUCCGACGAGCGGUACUCCGACACUGACAGUCUCGCCAGUGUGGAAAUGCUGACGGACGACCAGAUAGCUUCGCUAAUGCUGGACGCGCAGCUGGAGGCGGUGUGCGAGCGGCUAGCGGGCGUGGCGCGCGCGCCACCCUCGCCGCACUCGCCCAUCGCCAGGUAC